UCCUGCCUCUUCUCUUACUCUUUGGACUCACUCGCCAUUUUGUUAUAGUUGAGUAUCACUUAGACGGCUCAGUUAAAGUUGCAGCGUACCAACGACGUAAACAUCACAACCGGAGACGGAGAAGAAAAUAAUCGCAGAUAACAAUGAGUGGUUGUCGUGUCUUCAUCGGCCGCUUGAGCCCGCACGCCAGAGAGAGAGACGUGGAGAAGUUUUUCAAGGGAUAUGGACGGAUUCGGGAAAUCAACUUGAAGAAUGGAUUUGGCUUUGUGGAGUUUGAUGACCACAGAGAUGCAGAUGAUGCUGUGUACGAGUUGAAUGGCAAAGAAUUGUGCAGUGAAAGGGUCACUAUCGAGCACGCUCGCUCCAGAAGAGGAAGAGGUGGCGGCCCUGGAGGAAUGGGACGUUCCAGUGGCGGCGGCUUUGGUGGUGGCGGAGGCGGCAGUGGUGGCGGUGGCGGCGGCUAUCGCCAAUCUCGCAGCAGUGGAUCCAGACUGGACAGGUAUGGCCCUCCUGUACGGACGGACCACAGGCUUAUUGUGGAGAACCUUUCUUCACGAAUCAGCUGGCAGGACCUGAAAGACCUAAUGAGAAAAGCAGGUGAAGUUACCUUUGUGGACGCCCACAGGCCCAACAAAAAUGAAGGAGUGGUUGAGUUUGCCUCCCGAAGUGACAUGAAGAAUGCCAUCUCCAAGCUUGAUGGGUCAGAGCUGAAUGGACGCAAGAUUAAGAUCUUUGAGGACAGCAGAAGUCACAGCAAGAGCCGCUCCCGCAGCUACUCCCGCUCAAGGAGUCGUUCCAGAAGUCGCAACCGGUCCAGGAGCCGGUCCAGGUCUGUAAGUCGCACCCCCGAGAAGAAGACGUCAGGAGGGGGCAGGGCCGCAGGCAGAUCCCCCUCCAGGUCCAAGUCUCGCUCCAAGUCUCGCUCCAAGUCCCGUUCCAAGUCCCGCUCCAGGUCUCGCUCCCGUUCACCUGCUCCUGCUCAGAACAAACAGUCCCGCUCCCGGUCUCGCUCUCGUUCCCGCUCUCGUUCCCGUUCACGUUCCCGCUCCGCCUCUGCAGACAGCAAACACUGAGAUUGGUACACCUGUCGGCCAUAAAAUAGACUGAUAGUUGCUCACCACAGGCCUGUAUGGUGGCAUGUGAUUUAUUUUUUUUUCUGUUUGUUUUUGUUGCAGGGGAGGAAAUCACCUUUUUACAUGGCUAUUUUUUUUUUUUUUUUAAUAUCUUCAGUCAUUAAUGUGACUACAUUGGCUUUUUUUUUGUUAGUUUGGAUGUGCUUCCACAGGAAAAAUACUUUGGUGUUCCUAUUACUUAAUGAUUUCCCUCUUUUAAAAUCCCCUUUAUAUUUUGAUGAAAUACUUAGUGAUGGAUACAAUUUUGAUUAGUGAUGCUACUCCAUCCUGCAGCCUGUCCUCGCUGUCUGCCAUGUUAUGAUUCCAUCCGCUCCCCUGUGCUUUGUCCGAGUGUUCACAGCAGUUCAAGGUUCGGUGGGAAUGGCAUUCAUUCCCCAAAAUGUUUUAUAGGUAUGUUUUUGUUUGUAACGCGAGCCCCUGGCAUUGCCGUGAAACUGUGACUCUGCUUCUGAUCUACCAGGUUGCAUUCACCGCCCUGAUGUGUGAACAUAAAAAUGCAAACAUCUCAGUUGGUGGUUUAUUUCAGCCUUAUUGUGUAAUGUUGGAAUCUAGCAUUAAUUUUGUUCGACACUGGUGUAUCAGGGUCUCGUGUUAGUGAUUUAUCUUCUUUUUUAUUUCCUUUAUCUCCAGCCUCGGCCGGUAUGUUUUUGUGGGUCUGAACAUGAGUGUCAGUUUCAGCAGGAAGGAAUGUCUCUGAAUAACUUUAUUGAUUUGAUACUAAUAAAACACUCACUGCAUAUUGUCAUUUAAUUUUUUAGUAAUGUCCAGAAAGAACGGUGACUUUUUUUAAAAUACAUUUUGUGAAUGUGGGUCUAGAGACUCGUACGUAUUUAAGUCUCUGCAGUUCAACCGAAUAAAGCUUUCACAAACUGUUAAAUCUGUCAGCCAACGUUGAUUCUGUCCUGCAAUUAUUACAGCACAAAAGUUGACCUCCAAAUGCAAACCCAAAUAAAACUUGAUUUAUA